AUGUCCACAACACAAUGCACCAGGCUGUUCGCCAGAAACAUUCCUCAAGUCAGGCGAGGACGCCAAUUACAAAGUCCUCGUGUCACCCUCGUUGGCACUCCAACCCCAAGUCAAAACCCUACCAUUGACUCCGACCGUUUACCAUAUCGACUCUACGAACUCUCGCUAAGGAAGAUCCGACAAGAGGCCCACGCUCGUGAACCCGAUCUACGCCAUGUCAUCGCCGGCCUCGCAAUGCAAAAAGUGGUUUCCACUGCCGUGCAUGAUGAUCUUCUACACCGAGUCGACAUGAUCGAAACCACAAAACCACCAAGACUACCCAUCUUUCCAGGUGCCGAUGAGCCCUGGGAGCAUGAAGAAAUCACCCCAUGUCAAACAUCAAAUCCAAAUGCAUGGGAUAUUGCAUCUCUCGAUCAAGCGCUUUGCGAGAUGGAACGCGCGAGCAAGAAAGGAGAUGUCGCAAAAACUGUUUGUUUUCAACUAAUUAGUGAUAUGUAA